AUGGUCAGUGGAUUGGGCUCCGGGAGGGCAGUGGCGGUGAACAUGGCGCGGGCGGCCGAGGAGCUGGGGGCUUUCGCUUCCCAGGAGGCCCAGCGUGAGGAGGCCACAGCCGAGAGCCUGCGGGAGAGCGUCAUCCAGUGGGCAGAGGCCAUGCUAGAGAAGGAUCUGCGGGACAACAGGAGCAUCGGGGAGCACGGGGCGCGCCACCUGCUCCAGGCGUCACCGCAGGACAAGGUGACGGUGCUGACCCACUGCAACACCGGCUCCCUGGCCACCGCCGGCUAUGGCACCGCUCUGGGUAUGGAAGGGAGAAGUGGGUACAGGGCUGGGGCUGGGCGCGGAGCAGGGCUGGAUAUGGACGGGGUAGGGGCGGAGCAGGGGGGUGGCCAUCUCAAUGCUGACUCCUUGGUGGUCAUGUGGCACGGGAAUCGCCCCUCCAGGACUUUAAACGUUGCAUUCUCUCUCCCAGCUGUCGUUGUGGGAGCCGACCGGGUGGUGGACACCGCCAACAAAGUGGGCACCUACCAGCUGGCCAUCGCUGCAAAGCAUCAUGGGAUCCCCUUCUACGUGGCGGCCCCUAGCACCUCAUGUGACCUGAGCUUGGCAGAAGGGGCUGAAAUCGUGAUUGAGGAGCGGCCGAGCCAGGAGCUGACGGACGUCAAUGGAGUGAGGAUCGCAGCGCCAGGGAUUGGUGUUUGGAACCCGGCCUUCGACGUCACGCCGCACGAGCUCAUCACUGGGGGCAUCAUCACGGAGCUUGGUGUCUUCCGCCCUGAAGAGCUCCGAGAGGCCCUCACCCGGGGAGAGAAAGGAGAGUGA